AUGAAAGCUGAACUUCGAUCAAACCCCAAUUCAAUUUCCUUAUCGAAUUCAACCCUUUUUAACUCGCACCAAAACCCACUCUCAGGUGCACUAAAAAGCUGCCUAGGUAAUCUAGAUGGAGCCUGUAUCGAAAAGCUUCUCCUACACUGUGCAAACGCACUUGAAAACAGCGACAUCAAUUCUGCUCAACAAGUCAUGUGGGUCCUCAACAACGUUGUUUCAUCCUCUGGAGACCCUAACCAAAGGCUUGCGUCAUGGUUCUUAAGGGCACUGAUCUCUAGGGCUUCUAGGGUUUGCCCUACACCGAUGAAUUUCAAUGGUGGAAGGAGUGCCUUUCAGAGGAGACUAAUGAGUGUGACUGAGUUGGCGGGGUACGUUGAUCUCAUCCCUUGGCACAGGUUUGGAUUUUGUGCAUCAAAUAGUGCCAUUUUUAAGGCUAUCCAAGGUUGUCCUAAAGUUCAUAUUUUGGACUUUAGUAUCACUCAUUGUAUGCAAUGGCCAACCCUAAUCGAUGCAUUAGCUAAGAGGCCUGAAGGGCCUCCUAGCUUACGCAUAUCAGUUCCUUCAUGGAGGCCACUAGUGCCCCCAUUUCUUAAUGUACUAACAGAAGAAGUAGGUAUACGUUUAACAAAUUUUGCCAACUUUAGAAACGUUCCAUUUGAAUUCAACGUGAUCGAAGUUUCACCUUCCAUAGAAGAAUCUUCCUUGAACUUUAACUAUGAAUUUCUAUUAACCCAAGAAAAUCUUGUACAAAAUGAUGAGGCGUUAGUGAUUAAUUGCCAAAACUGGCUACGCUACAUGCCUGAUAUAGCUUCUUCAAAAGAUUCAUUCCUUGAGAUAGUGAAAACAUUGAACCCUCGUAUCCUAACAAUCGUAGAUGAAGAUUCCGAUCUAGGAUCAGCAAGUUUAGCAUCAAGAAUUACCACAUGCUUUAAUUUCUUGUGGAUCCCAUUUGAUGCAUUGGAAACUUUCUUGCCAAAAGAUAGUUUCCAAAGAAUGGAGUAUGAAGCCGAUAUUGGCCAUAAAAUCGAAAAUAUUAUUGGCUUUGAAGGUAGACAAAGGAUAGAAAGACUUGAAUCAGGAGCCAAAUUUACACAAAGAAUGCGGAAUUUAGGGUUUUUCAGUGUACCAUUUGGUGAAAAUUCGAUUAAUGAAGUGAAAUUCUUGCUAGAUGAACAUGCUAGUGGUUGGGGAAUGAAGACCGAAGAAGACAUGAUUGUGCUCACAUGGAAGGGUCAUAACUCAGUCUAUGCCACCGCAUGGUUCCCUUAUAAGUUUGAUGAUUAA